GAGUCUACUACAAAAAGGAUUGGCCAUAUUUUAUCAAUAGUUCAAAAGAAUGGCAGUCUCAAUAUUAAUAUUCAACGUAUUUUAACAUUUGAAAAGUUGCCAAGAAAACUUCAAAGUAAUAGUCGCAGAGAAAGAUCAAGAAGAGGUGAAGUAUGGAUGCUAGAUAGAGAAAUAGAUAAUGCGAUUAUAAUUACUAAAUUACAAGCAAUCAUUAAACAUAUUAAAGUUACAAUUUUGUAUGAUAAUAAUAUAAUGGAAGAUAUUUUAAUUGUUAUCCGUGAGAUUUUAUAUAAACAUAAUAAUAAAUGGAAGUUAAGAAAUAUCACUUAUUCUUACAAACAUCCUUCAGAGAAUGACAUAAAUGAAGUUUAUUCACUAGAUAAAUAUAUUAAAAUUUCAUUAAAAAAACAAAUCCUACGGAGAAAUAUUAAAGAGUCAAUACUAUCAGAUUUUAAGGAACAAAUUGAAUUAUUACUUUAUAAUUCAAGAUAUUUAUCUGUGGAUUUAAGUAGAGCGCCAUCAUUUUUUAAAUAUGCAAGUUUCUUUAUCGAAAAAAAUAAUAAUCCUAUUCAAUGCUGUUUAUAUGUUGGAGACUUUAUCUCUAUUAAUUUUAAUGAAGAUGAAAUUUUUUCAAUUGUACAUGCAAUAUUUGGAUAUAAAAAGAAUGGAUAUUACUUUGCCUUUAUCAUCAUUGAUUUGUUUAAAUACACAAAACAAAUAAAGCUAGAAUGUCCAGUCUACAAAUUACGAACAAAUAAUUUGCGAAGAAUAUUUUCUGUUAGCAUGGUUAAUAUAACUAAAGCGGUACAUUUUGUUCAUAAUCAUAAAGAUGAUCAAUGUGUUGGAAGAAAUCAUUACUUUGCAAAUGAUUU